UAUAUACCAUUUUGUAGAGAAUUAAAUGAUGAAUCUUCUGCAAAAAACAGCUGAAAUGUAUCACAUGUAUUUCAUAUAAAUAACGUCAAUUUACAAAGCGGGUCAGAACUUAGUAUACACCCUUUAUUCAUAUAACUAUCUCUCGUAAGAGUGUCAUUUUUACCUUGAUCGAACGCGCACAUCAUCAUCCGCACACCUGCUCCGGCUCUGAACUCAACGCUUCCCGUCCAACUCCGGCUUCGUUUGUAAACGGAGACGGCUCCCAGGAGUCGAGCUGCCCACCUCUGAUAAAACUCAAAGGUAUAACAGUUAGAAGAAGAUAUUGAAGGUCUACACAUGUGAAAUAUCCAUACAAGAGGACGAAAGACAAACAUUAAAUAUGCUCUUAUAUCAUAUCUACAAGUUCAAUUAAAACAAUGUGUAGGAGACGAAAAACGUCUUAUUCGAAAUAUAACUUUGAAGUAACUUACCCAUUUAUUCUUCUAAAUAACUGGUGAAAAGCCGUUCGGUUGUGAACUUCUGCCAGUCCGGUUCCAACUAUGUAUCGUUUUGAGAAAGUUCACAGAACUCUGAGAAAGCUUUAAUAAAAAGCAAUUGGCUUUUUACAUGUAUUAUUUUCUUAGAUUAAAGGCUAUUUUUCCACAACAGCGGACAUGUUGAAUGCCUUAUCUCAUGAAAUUAAAAUACUAUACAGAAGUACGACCAUGUAUAGACCCAAGCUAUAUCUCGUGACUCACGUGACAAUCGGGAAACAACUACGCGGUAUAUAAGUUAUUCGUCUAAGAAACGUGAUUGGUUUUUAACAUUUCUUGAUAGUUUAUUUGAAACAGACCCAGUCGGGAAUGGUAAACAAAUAUUGAUUGAUUGGUGCCGAAGUUAUUACAAGGGCAAUUUGUCGAUACAAAAAGAUCUUGAUGAAUUCCAGUUAACAUAUAAUUCGAGUAUGGCUGUCUUCUGGUAUACAAGAGCAGGAUUUCUCUAUCGUUUAUUCAACAAAGCACUUCGGCAACAAAAUGUAGAAAGAAUAUUGUUGUUUCAUUUUUUCUUGUUUGACUUGCAUAAUCAACUAAAAACUGAACAGGACGAAUUAUUUAAUAAAUAUAAAUCGACAUCGAUUUGGGUCUAUCGUGGACAGAUCUUGUCCAAAGUCGAAAUUAAAGCUAUUCGUGAAUAUGCAGGGAAAUAUUAUUUCAAUUGCUUUUCGACUAAUACGUAUUUUUUAACAGCUGUUCAUCGAAAGGUCGCACUGAUGUUCGCCGGUGAACUUGCUCAUUCCUUAAAUGAGGAUCAAAAAUCAGUUUUAUUCGAAAUAUUAAUUCAUAAACAGCCGGUUAAAAAGCCAUUUGCCGACAUUAGUCAUAUGAGCGCAAUUGCUGAUGAAGGCGAAGUGCUGUUUAAUGUUGGCUCUGUUUUUCAAGUGAACAAUAUUGAAUAUGAUGAAGAGACGCAAGUAUGGUACGUUAAACUGUUCCUAAUCGGGGAUAUUACUGAUAGAUUCCACGAUCGUUGGAUUAAAUUUAAUCCCACGAACGGUCGAUAUUUGUUCGCGCCAGAUCUAUCGGCUAAUGCUAAAUUAUUUAAAGUGGGAUAUAUAUUCCAUAAUAUUGACAGUGUCCGAGGUAAACAAAUAGAAGCAGAUCGAUACUAUCAGUUGUUAGCUGAUGUGACACCGUUAGUCUAUCAUGUCGGUCUGGGAUACAUCGCAAGUGAAACUGGUCCGUAUUUCUCGGCAAUUGAACACCAACGUGUUGCAGAAGUACUUUGUCCAUCUGAUGAAAAAGAACUUUUGUUUAUUAUCUACGAUUGUCUGGCGCUCGCUUAUGAAAAACUCGACAACUGGAAUUGUGCAAACAUAUACCACGCAAAAAUUAUGGAAAUUGGACUACGUCGCUCACUUUCUAUUGUGCCAUUGACAAAGCUAGUGAAUCGGUAUUUGUACAUUGCACGUACUUGUGUCAGAAAAUCUUGUUAUGCACUGGCGUGGACAAUAUGCAAGGAUCUUCUCAACAUUGAGUACCAUGCCAAAGAUUAUUUUACCAAAAUUGGUACGGCUGGUGAAACAAUGGAAAACUAA